AUGGUGCUGGAGCUCCGCGAGGCCCUGCAGCCCGGGAGCCUGUAUGAGCUGCAGCUCAGCUUUUCGGGCCCCGUGUACCAGGACUUUAGGGAGGGACUCUUCAUCAACCUCUACACGGACCAGGGUGAGCGCAGGGCCCUGUUAGCAUCUCAGAUGGAACCAACAUUUGCCAGGAAUGUUUUCCCUUGUUUUGAUGAACCAGCUCUGAAAGCAACUUUUAAUAUUACAAUUAUUCAUCAUCCGAGUUAUGUGGCUCUCUCCAACAUGCCAAAGCUACGUCAAUCUGAAAAAGAUGUGAAUGGAAGCAAAUGGACAGUUACCACCUUUCACACCACACCCCGCAUGCCAACUUAUUUAGCUGCAUUUGUCAUAUGUGACUAUGACCAUGUCAACAGAACUGAAAGGGGCAAGGAGAUACGCAUCUGGGCUCGGAAAGACGCCAUUGCAAAUGGAAAUGCAGACUUUGCUUUGAACAUCACAGGCCCCAUCUUCUCUUUUCUGGAAGAUUUAUUUAAUAUUAGUUACCCUCUUCCAAAAACAGAUAUGAUUGCCUUGCCUACUUUUGACAACCGUGCAAUGGAAAAUUGGGGAUUACUGAUAUUUGAUGAGUCAUUAUUGUUGCUGAAACCAGAUGAGCAACUAACAGAAAAAAAGACGGUGAUCUCCCACAUUGUCUCCCACGAGAUUGGGCAUCAGUGGUUUGGAAACUUGGUUACCAUGAGUUGGUGGAACAAUAUCUGGCUCAAUGAAGGAUUUGCAUCUCAUUUUGAGUUUGGAGUAGUUAAUUACUUCAAUCCUAAACUCUCAGGAAAUGAAGUGUUUUUUUCUAACCUUUUACAUGAUGUUCUCAGAGAAGAUCACUCCCUGUUGUCACGAGCUGUAUCCAUGAAGGUGGAAAAUUUCACAGAAAUUAAUGAAAUAAGUGAGCUCUUUGACAUAUUUACUUACAAUAAGGGAGCGUCUAUGGUCCGGAUGCUUUCUAGUUUCCUGAGUGAGAAUUUAUUUAUCAGCGCACUUAAGUCAUAUUUGGAGACAUUUUCUUACUCGAAUGCUAAGCAGGAUGAUCUCUGGAGGCAUUUUCAAAUGGCCAUAGAUGAUCAGAGUAAAAUUGUUUUGCCAGCAACAGUAAAAAGUAUAAUGGACAGUUGGACCUACCAGAGUGGUUUUCCAGUUAUCACCUUAAAUGUAUCUACUGGCGUCAUGAAACAGGAGCCAUUUUAUCUUGGAAAGGUUAAAAAUCAGACUCUUCUAACCCACAAUGACACAUGGAUUGUACCUGUUCUUUGGAUGAAAAAUGGAAUUACACAAUCUUUAGUCUGGCUAGAUAAAAGCAGCAAAUUAUUUCCUGAAAUGCAAAUUUCAAAUUUUGAUCAUGACUGGGUGAUUUUAAAUUUGAAUAUGACUGGAUAUUACAGAGUUAACUAUGAUAAAUUAGGUUGGAAGAAAUUAAAUCAACAGCUUGAAAAAGAUCAUAAGGCUAUUCCUGUUAUUCACAGACUGCAGUUGAUUGAUGAUGCCUUUUCCUUGUCUAAAAACAAUUAUAUUGAGAUUGAAACAGCACUUGAUUUAACCAAGUACCUUGCUGAAGAAGAUGAAAUCAUAGUAUGGCAUACAGUCUUGGUGAACCUGCUACCCAGCAAUUUUGUUUCUGAUGUGGGCAACUAUGAUACAUACACAUUAUUAAAGAAGUAUCUAUUAAAGAGACUGACCUCAAUAUGGAAUCAUUAUUCAACUAUAAUUCGUGAAAAUGUGACAGCAUUGCAAGAUGACUAUUUAGCUUUAAUAUCGCUGGAAAAACUUUUUGCGAGUGUGUGUUUCUUGGGCCUUGAGGACUGUCUUCAGCUGUCAAGAGAACUCUUCAAAAACUGGAUGGACAAUCCAGAGAAUGAAAUACCUUAUCCAAUUAAAACUGUGAUUUUAUGUUACGGCAUUGCCUCGGGAAGUGAUAAAGAGUGGGAUUUUUUGUUAAAUAUCUUCGCCAAUAACACAAAUGAAGAAGAAAGGCAUCAAAUUGCUUAUGCAAUGAGCUGCAGUAAAGAUCCAUGGAUACUUACCAGGUGACUAUGGACAACUUACCUUGAAAGUCCCUGGUGGAAGAGUGCAAUUAAUAAACCAAAGGGAGGAAGGUAUCACUGUGCUACGGUAACAAUAAAUAAUUUUUUAUUGAUUUUAAAGAGGUAUGGAAUACACUCAUUGGUUACUAUAAUGUAUUUAAUAGGGAGAACCAUAAGUACAGAUUUACAGGUCAUGGAGCUGCAGCAGUUUUUCAACCCCAUGUUGGAGGAGCACCAGAGGCUCGAAGUUCAUGCCAAAUUACAGGCAAUAAAGAACGAAAAUCUGACAAACAAAAACCAAAGUGCCGGGAUAGCUGCAUGGCUACGGAAAAACACAUAAUUUAGUGGCCACUUUUGGCAUUUCCCCUUGUAUAUUAUACUGUAGUUUGCUGACUGUUUUGUCUUCCAAUACUUUGUGAGUCUAGAAAACCACAUGUUUUGUUAUUCGUAUUUCAGUCACAUUUACUACUCAGUGUCCUGUUCCUCCCUUGUUGUCAUGCUGGCUCUGAGCUCACUGAUUGCUGAGGAGUUUUCCAGCACUGCUGUGUUUUUGGGGGGGAUUUCACUUCAAGUUGGGCUAUAAAACCACAAAAUUUACUUUAAAUGCCUUGUAAAAAACAAAUAUACCUUAGAAAGUCUUGCUUAUUCUGUUGUGAAGGCCAGUAGAAUAUUAAAUCAUUGGCUAAAUGAGCACAUUCUUUUCUGAAGGAAAUACAGAUUUGCAAUACUCUAGGGUUUAUUUAGUUCAACUAGAGGCCCAGUGCAUGAAAUUCAUGCACAGGGGAGGGGAGUCCCUCAGCCCAGCCUGCAACGACACCA